AUGACUUUCGGCGAAUCUCUUUACAAAAUUGUUUCUCAUUAUUCACAAUUUUAUUUCGUUGCCAUUGCAUCGAUACUUGGUACAGGUAUCCUUGGUCUUCCGGUGACAUUAUCUGAAAGUGGUUUUCAACCAUUUAUAAUCUCAUUUUUGAUCUGUUACUUUGUUCAAGUAUUGACAGUUUUUUUCUUCACGGAAGUUUUACAAAAGGCUUAUUAUCGAAAUGUUGAAAACUUACAACAAAGUGAUAAGGACAAUGCACCGAUUCAUAUGGAAAAAGAUGAAUUACCUACAUACGGAUCAGAUUAUGAUUUAGCAGCAAAACAGGAAUACGGUGAAUUUGUCGAAUUGCGAGAUAUGGUUGUUCCUUCGAGAGGCGAUGUUGAAUCUAGUGUACCACUAAUGCUAGACGACGAUGAUGAUGAUUACGACAUAACUACUACUGCUACUAAAUAUUAUUCCGCACAGUCCAAUAAAGUGGAUAUAAUCAAACGAUGUUUACCAAAUCUUCAUUCACUUGGAGAGCUUCUAUUACCAUGUUUUCUUCGACAAUUAUUUACAUUAACUGUACUUUUGAGUUUAUUAUGCUUAUUGGUGAGCUAUGCACUAGCUGGUAGUCAAGCAUUUACUACUUUAUUUCAUGUCAAUUAUAUGAAAAUGAUUCCGGUUUUUUGUUGGACAUGGACAUUUGUCAUUAUUUUUCUUCAUUCAUUUAUUCAACCGAUUAUAUCGGUAUUAACUUUUCUUAAAGGGACACUUUUUACUGGAACGGUCGUUGUAACAUUAUUAGUUGGAUUAAAAGUACAAAAUCCAGUAACAAAUGAUUAUAAAGCUAUUGGAGAUUCAUUUUUAAUGAGUACAAUUGCAUUAGGUGGUUUAAUGAAUGUGAUGCCAUUAAUGUUUUCAAAAUUGAAACAGACAAGAGAUGAGAUUAUCGGCUUUAAUGUAGCUUUAUUUCUUGGCUUGACAACAUGUGUUAUUUUAAAUAUUCUUUGGUGUUGGUCAAUAUUAGCAGUUGUUCCGCAACAUAGUAUAUGUUUAUCAAGUAAUAUAAAUGAAUCAAUUCAAAUGGCGUUUAAUCUUUUAAAUGAAUCACAAAUUCAAGGUCAAUGUAUUUAUUCGCCGUCUUUACAAAGAGCGGAAUUGAAUGGAGAAAUUUCAACAGUACCUUUAAGCAAAAUUCUUGAAAAAGAUGAUUACAAAUUUUUUCAAUAUGUUUCAUUUAUUGUUCAAUUAUUUAUUGUAAUAAGUAUUUCGGUUUCAUUCAUGACUAUGGGUUCAGCCUUACAUCAUACAAUCAAAGGCGUUGUUGAUUCAUUUUGGAACCCUGCAUUAGAAGCAGAAACAAGUUUAACAAGAUAUGGAAAUGUUUUUCAAUAUAUUACUAUCCGACGAAUUAUUCAAUGGAUUUUUUCUUUAAUUAUUUUCUCAAUGGUCUUUGGUAUUGCAAUGAGUAAUCCAAAGGGUUUUAAAAGUAUUCUUGAACAAGCUGGAAGUCUUUUUCAAAAUAUUGAAAUGGGUAUAUUUCUUGCAAUAAUGAUCUAUAAAGUCUCGACGGCAGAAUAUCGUCGUUAUAUAUUACCUUUUCAAUUACCACGGUGGUUUAUUCAUUUUCAAUGGAUCAUUCCGAUUUAUUUUGUCUUCGCUGUGAUUUAUGAUAUAUAUCAUAUAAUUCGGCAUUAUUUAUAUUAA